ACUACAUCUUGACGAAACCCUAGUCUGGUGGUUCCCAUCUCUCAUCCUGCAGAUCGGUUCUCCGGAGAUCCUCAGCCAUGGUGAAUGUUCCCAAAACUAAGAAGACUUACUGCAAGUCAAAGGACUGCAGAAAGCACACAUUGCAUAAGGUGACGCAAUACAAGAAGGGAAAAGACAGUUUGGCUGCUCAAGGGAAGCGUCGUUAUGACAGGAAACAAUCUGGUUAUGGUGGACAAACCAAGCCUGUCUUUCACAAGAAGGCAAAAACCACUAAGAAGAUUGUGUUGAGGUUGCAAUGCCAAGGGUGUAAGCAUGUGUCUCAACACCCAAUCAAGAGGUGCAAGCAUUUUGAAAUUGGUGGAGACAAGAAGGGCAAGGGAACUUCUCUUUUCUAAGCAUUUUAUUAUUAUUUUGUGUUAUUUUGAUAAAAUGUUUAGACUUUUAGAUGCUACAACUCCUUUAUGUUUUUAUGCGAGUAUGUGUUUGGUUUUUAUUGUAUGGGUUAUUUGCUAUUUCCUAUUUUAAUCAUUCUUAAAUAUUUCAAU